AUGGCAUCGAAAGGACGUGGCAAAGCUGCCCAAAAGGGAAAGAGCUACGAGAAGGCUCGCGCUGGCAAAGGCACGUCUUCCGUUGAAGAGCACUUUGAGCUGAAGCCCAGCAAGGUGCCCUUGGGCGAAGAAAGCCGUGAUGAGAUCUUGGCUUUGAUAGCUCAACUUCGCCGAAGCACAGGCGAGAAAAAGCCCGUGAGCGAAGUUGAAAGGGACAGUGCGUCGUCCGAAGAAGAGGAAUCUGGAGUUUCCAACCGGCAGAAGCGCAAGGAGCAGAUCCGACUAAAGAAGAGCCUCAUGAAGCAGUUGCUGGAAGAAGACAAGCGCGAGGCUCGGGCCACUGGUGAAGCCGAGGACGCCAACGGCAAAUCGAAAGGUUCGAAGCCCGACUCCUCCCAUGUGCAGGUCCGAGUCUUCUACCGCGACGAGCCUUUCCUGAAGUGGCACUUUCCGGUGUUUUAA